AUGGAUCGCCGCGCAACGCCUAGACGGAAGCGCCUGACACUGGCGGAUGAGGUUGAGCCCAGCGAUACGAGAUCUAAGAGGUCUCGUACAUGCGCUUCAGCCAGCGAUGCGCCCGCAGAGACUUUGUCGUCCAGCGCCAGUCCCUCGAACACGCGAGCUCGAAGCGGCCUUCUGACGCCAGAAGCCAGUACAUUGACCGAAUCCCAGCCUACACCGUCUCACUCGACUGUCGGCGUCGACGAUACCCUACAGACCCCGUUCCCCUUCAUGAAACUCCCCGCCGAACUCCGCAUUCACAUCUACCACAUGGCUCUUGUACGCGAGGAGCCUCUCCUCCUACAUGCCGACCGCGCUCCUGAGAAACUAGAGGAAGACGACUUUCCGACACCAGCCCCCGUUCUACGCAGAGUAUGGUUUCACGGCCCCGAACAACGACCCUAUGGGAAUCAGCGCGGAAGGGGUCAUAGCCCAGGGCCUGAACGUAUCCCACUCAGCGAUCCCAUCAUCCCAGAGAUCUUGCGGGUAAAUAAGCAGAUAUACAAGGAGGCGCGACAAGUUCUGUAUAGUGAUAACGUCUUCACUCUCAGCUUAACGAGCGGUAUCCAUACCCUUUCGACGCUCCACCAGCGCUCCCGCAGCCUUAUCAAGCACGUCGUCCUCACGAUACCCUCACACCACGAUAUCCUCGAUGGAUUCGCCGACCUUGUGCGCCUAGGCCUUCGCUACUGCUGGGGGCUCAAGACAUUCAAGAUUAUCCUGCAAGCCAGUCUGCCGGAUGACGGAAGAAUGACGGGAGCGACAAGCGUAUACGCCAACGCGUUCCACAUACUGAGGUGGCUUCCACGAGGCUGUAACGUAGGACUCGAAGGAAACGUAAGCGACACGGUCAAGAAGGUGGUUGCUGAGGAAGGCAGACUGCAGGCUGUGCUUGACGAGGCAAGCUAUCUCAAAAGGCAACAUCAAAUGCCUGAGCGUCACUAG